AUGCCCCUCAUCCUACACACUCGAGCUGAACCUAAAGCUGCAGAUGUUGCGGAUGCCUCUGCCGCAGAAGGCCUGACCUCCAACACUCCCCCAAUCAUUGAUAAAGCUUCCAUUGGCCCGUUCGAAAAGGCCAAUCUCAGGGAUGCCAUCAUUUCAAAAUCCGCCGGCAGCAACGAAUCACCUGCCACCUCUUAUAAAAAGGCCUCCGUCAAGCUUAAACCAGAAACCCCUCUAAAUAAGCCCAUCACCUUCAUCAAUUCUCCCCCUGUGCGGUCCCUAGAAGCUCCCGUCAAGCUUAGAGUUGAAAUCCCUACAGACGAGCUUGUCACCUUCGCCGCUCCCCAUGAGCACUCCCCGAAGACAAAUGCCCUCAUUUCGGCUCAUUUGCCCGAGCUCGAUGCCAGCAUUCUCGCUGUCAGGAAAUGCAUCGACAACGUCUUUCUACACGCCGAUAUAUACCCACAAGACUCACCCGUCACCUUCUUCACCAAGCUUCAGCUCGCAGUAGGUGCCAUGGGCGCUGAAGUGCAGAGUAUCAUGACCGCGAUAACGGACCCGGGGGUCUUGGAGACCGAGAGCCAAGUAGUGGACGCGGAGCUUUUGCUAAACGAGGUGGUCAUGAGCUAUAGCAGUAUUUUGGAGGCAUUUGUGGAAUAUGCUGGGGGCGUAGAAGAAGAAACGAUAGUUAGCAAAGGUUUGGACGUGGAAGCGGUCAUGCGCGAGAAGAACAGGAUCUUGACGAAGGAGUACCGCAAGUUUCUGGGAGAGGACGACCAGUCCGAUAGCGAAGAUUACUCUGAAUAUUCCGAUGAUGAGGAGAAUGGCGACGGUAGGGGUGGGAUGGCUAAGGUAAAUUGGAAAGAUAUGGGGGAUGAGGACAACGAGCAGGCAGUCUGGGGGGUGAACGUCUGGGAAUGA